UACCCAGCAUACCUAAAGGGCAGCAGAGGGUAGAGAAAUGCUAGGUGACUAAAUGUUUUUGGAUAAUAGGUUAAUCUAUUCAACAGGCUUGUUUUAUCUAAAUGUUUACAUUUUGUAUCUGCAGUGCUGAAUAAUAAUUUGACAGGAAAUAUCGAAGUGAAUCGGGCACGCCUUUUUUGUGGAAAUUAAUCAGGAAAGACCGUUCAACAUUGUGACUUGUGCAAUCUCAAUAAUUAAAGGAAACAUCGAUGACCAUGGUUUCUGUCAUGAACAAAAACUUAACGUAACAUUCUGCGUUUAUUGUGGAUCCGGUGUUCCAGACUAUAUUGCAGUUACAAUAGUGGCAGGUGAAAACGACCCCAAUGGGGCCUAUCAGUUAUUCUGUGUGACACCUCAAUGGAUUUGUUCUGGCUCUAUGACAGAAACCUACAAUACAACUAGUGAUACACUAGAGAUAGGAUUUAUAUUCAAUCAUUCAAUUCAUGGUGGCCGUUACUUAAGGAUAAUACGUGAACGAAACGGCAGUCAAGAAAAUCAACAAAUCCUACUGAAACCUUGCUUUUCAGAAUUUACAACAAACGCCAGCUUCUAUAAUGAGUCUCUCAUUACUGUUAGUUGUCAGCAUUCGUCCUUCAAUUAUUCCAAUUCCCCAAUAAGAAUAAAGAUUGAAGACGGAACAGAAUUUGGCGCUUGCUCAAAAAUGAGCUGCUUCGGAUGCAAAAGGCUCCCAGAUGGCAUACAAUGCAUGGUGCCGUAUAUUCCAGGAAAAGCAAUACAGUGUAUAUUAGAUGGGGCAGUCUACAAUAUUAGGGCUCCAGAUAUUGCAACAACAGCCUUAACUUCAGAAACAACAGAAACUAUAAGUACAACGCUGCAAGGCACCUCAAAAGAUACCACAUACAUGACACAAGACACCUCAUAUACGUCACCAGAAAUCGAAUUACCAACAACAUCAACUAAAAAUUUAGAUAUAGGUAGAGUUACGUCAACCGAAAAGUCAACAAAUUUGCAAAAUGUGACAACCAUACCAGAAAGCUCAGCGACAUCUAGUAAAAUAAUCACGACAACGGUUGAAAAUUCUUCCAUGUCACGUGAACAGAAUGUAACAACACCGUUGACAAAAGGUUCAUCAACCUCUAAAAGUAUAAUAACAACAGAUAACUUGCCAGGAUCCUUAAAUAUAACAACAGAGUAUCCGAAUAGUUUGUUAACUGAACAAGAUACCGUUUCUUUCUCAGAAGGUCCAUCAACCUCUAAAAGUAUAAAAUCAACAGAUAACUUGCCAGGAUCCUCAAAUAUAACAACAGAGUAUCCGAUAAGUUUGUCAACUGAACAAGAUAUCGCUAUGUUCACAGAAGGUCAAUCAACCUCUAAUAGUAUUACAUCAACAGAUAACUUGACAGGAUCCUUAAAUAUGACAACAGAGUCUACGAAUAGUUUGCCAACAGAACAAAGAAUCGUCACGUCCACAGAAGAUUCAAAAAUCUCUGUGGAAACAAUCGGAAGCAGAAGAGUUAACGAAGAAACGACAACUGAGUAUUUAGAAACGACUGUAAAGCCAACAAACGCUUCAUCAAAUGGAGCAAUUACGAUAAUCAAUCAGAACAUAAUCGAUCAAGGAUUCUGCCAUAAACAGGACGUCAACAUUCAGUUGUACAUUAACUGCGGCAUACCUUUCUCUGCCACCAUUACUGUGGCUAUAGUGACAAGCAAAUAUGAAACCAACCCAAACACCAUCUUGACCUGCAUGAGGUCUAAUGACAGCACGUGGAAUUGUCCCAGAUUUGAUAUUAUGACAGGGAAACUCAAUUCAUCUAGUGGUAUAUUAGAUAUAAAUUUUAAAUUCAAUUUCACGAUCCAUGCAGGAUAUUAUGUAAGGCUGACAUCUUCAUGUGAUGGAAACCAAGAAUCGAAGCAUAUUCAUCUUAUACCAUGUUUUUCAGGAUUUACAGUUAAUGCUACCUUCUACAAUGCCACUUCAUUUGUCAUCAUUUGUCAGCAUACGUCAUUCAACGACUCCAGCUCUCCGAUCAGAAUCAAAUUAAAGGGAGGCAACGACCUUGGGGCAUGUUCCAAAAUCAGCUGUAAUAGUUGCAAAAGAUUACGAGAUGGUAUACAAUGUUAUGUAUUGUAUGACCCUGAAAGUAUAUACCAGUGUGUGUUGGACGGUGCAAUCUAUAACAUAAGUCUACCAACAACGCAGCCAGAAAUUCCAACAACAACGCCACGAAACGUGUCUUCUUCACAAACGGUAACAACGGCAUCAGAAAACACAACAGUGUCAGAAAAAAGCGUAUUGUCUUCUACAGAUAGCUCAUCAACAACGUCACAUAGACUUCUUACGUCAAGUGAGGGAUCAACAGCAUACACCUUAUUUACAAAAACAUCAUCGGAAGGCACAAUUGUUGAAACGUUUAAUUUGACGUUAAUAGAUAAUAGCCAAGCUACGUUUUCCAAAGACCAUUUAACAACAGAGAGCACAGGACCUGGAGAGAUUUCUACGUCACAGGACGACAUAGAAAGUUCAUCGACGUCACGAGAAAACGUUGAAAGUACAACCAGUGCGCCACAUUUUGAAUCAACGUCAAUACAAUCAACGAAAACUAUAACAACAGCUCCAAGAGAUGUUUCAGAAUUUAAUGUACAGUCGUCCUUCUUCAACGAUACUUCUGUCAUCAUUAAUUGUCAACAUACUUCGUUCAACUAUUCCAGCUCUGUGAUCAGAAUCAAAUCAGAGGGAGGGGACGACUACGGGUCAUGUUUCAAAACCAUGUGUAACGGUUGUAAAAGGUUACCAGAAGGUAUACAAUGCAUAGUGCCAUAUACUCCUGGUAAGAUAUUACAGUGCAUAUUUGAUGGUACAGUCUACAACAUAAGCAUCCCAGCAAAUCAAGUUACCCAAACAACCUUACCAGGGACCACAACAACAUCAGAGAGGACCACGGCGAUUUCAGAAUAUCACUCUUCUUUGACCACAAGUAUGACAUCAAAAAUACGGGAAAGCUCAACAACACAAACAUUUACUUCGCCUGCGAGAUUAUCAACAGAACAGAGUUUAACAACCGGGCUUACAGACUUAACAACUGAACAUAUUUUUAGGACAACAGAGUCACAAAACUCACUAACAUCAAGAAAUAUAACACCAUCAACGCCUGAUAUUUCAUCGACGUCGCCAAUUAUUACGACAACCUCCCCGAGUGAAAUUAAAACGUCACCAAAUGUCAUGCUUACGUCAUCUAGUAUUUUUUCAACAUCAAAACGAAAUACCGUGAUGACUACUUUACCAGGAACGCAAACGUCAGGAGGAUCCGCAUUGAUAUCAACCCUAAAACCAAUAGAUGUUUCAGAAUUCACUGUAAAUGUGACCUUUCAUAAUGAAUCUUUCAUCAACGCUAGAUGUCAGCAUUCAUCAUUCAAUUACACCAGUUCAACAAUACGAAUUAAAGUAAAAGGGGGAAACGACUACGGCGCAUGCUCAAGAUACAGCUGUAACGGCUGCGCAAGUAUGAAAUAAUAAUCAGAAAAUAAA